GCUAAGGGCUGGGAGAAGUAAAGGACGGACAGGCGAGGCCCUCCCGCGCUCGCGCAUCCCCGAAAUGGCUCGGAGGCAGAACGAGCAGAGAGGGGGAGCGCCCUUGAUGGCGGAAGGCAAGUCGGACGCGGAGGUUAAGCUCAUUCUGUACCACUGGACGCAUUCCUUCAGCUCUCAAAAGGUGCGCUUGGUAAUUGCUGAAAAGGCAUUGAAGUGCGAGGAACAUGAUGUAAGUCUGCCCCUGAGUGAGCACAAUGAGCCCUGGUUUAUGCGUUUGAACUCAACUGGAGAAGUGCCCGUCCUUAUCCACGGGGAAAACAUUAUUUGUGAGGCCACUCAGAUCAUUGAUUAUCUUGAACAGACUUUCCUGGAUGGUGACUUCUGUGCGCAGACUCCCCCCGCCCCCCCGCAGCUUUCUCGCCCACGAAACUACACUUCCCAGCGGUCUGUUCGUUCAUCUGCGCGAACUCAUCUUUCCCGGCUCUGGGUGGCAUCCCGGCAAAGCUAA